AUGGCGACGGCGGAGGCAGAGGCGCCUGCGCGCCACCAUUUGGAUGACCCAUCACCAUCCCCCAUUGACCGCCGUCCGUCUCCGAGCCCUCGCCGUGAGCGGUCUCUAUCUCAAGGCUCCCGAGAUUCCCGAGAACCACGCGAUAUCUCCCCGCGCCCUCGAGAUGCAUCACGCGACCCCUCUCGCGACAGGUCUCCCACGAGAUCCCCCAUAUCUCCUCGACGACACUCGUCGCCCCCCCACGAUCGUUCUCCUUCCCGCUCUCGCGAUCGAUCCCCCGUUAGGUCCCCCCCAAGAAGACGUUCGCCACCUCCCGCGCGACGCGAUGCCGACAGGUACCGACCCAUCAAGAAGGAGCGCACGCCGCCACCAGUCGCCCCGGUCAAGACGGAGGAGGAGAAGCUGGCCGAUGCGCGGGCCGAGUAUCAGAAACUUUUGAACCUGCGCAGCCAGGGCGUUUACCUGCCACCUCAGAAGCUACGCGCUCUCCAGGCCGCCAUCACCGAUAAAAGCACCAAGGAAUACCAGCGCAUGGCAUGGGAUGCUCUGAAGAAGUCCAUCAACGGUCUCGUCAACAAGGUUAACACGGCCAAUAUCAAGUUUGUCGUGCCCGAGCUCUUCGGCGAGAACCUCAUCCGCGGUCGGGGCCUGUUCUGCCAAAGCCUGCUGAAGGCGCAGCAUGCCAGUUUGCCCUUCACCCCGAUCUACGCCUGCCUAGCGGCCAUCUGCAACACCAAGUUACCGCAAGUGGGCGAGCUGCUGAUCAAGCGGUUGAUCAUGCGGUUUCGGAAGGCCUUCAAGCGGAACGACAAGGCCGUCUGCCUGUCCUCGACCAUGUUCAUUGCUCAUCUGGUAAACAACCAGGUGGUACACGAGACGCUUGCCGCGCAGAUCCUCCUUCUACUAUUGAGGAAGCCUACCGACGACAGCGUCGAGAUUGCUGUGGGACUUAUGCGCGAAGUUGGCCUCUUCCUGGAGGAGAUGUCGCCCAGGAUCACCAAUGUCGUGUUUGAUCAGUUCCGGAACAUCCUCCACGAAGCCGACAUCGAUCGCCGGACGCAGUACAUGAUCGAGGUUCUCUUCCAGGUGCGCAAGGACAAGUACAAGGACAAUCCGGUGAUCAAGGAGGAGCUGGACUUGGUUGAAGAGGAGGAUCAGAUCACGCAUCGGGUCGGACUAGAUGACGAGAUCGCGACCCAGGACAGCUUAAACGUCUUCAAAUUUGAUCCUGAUUGGGAGAAUAACGAGGCGGAAUACAAGCGAUUGAAAGCGGAAAUUUUAGGCGAGGGAAGCGACGAUGAAGACGACGAGGACGAGUCGGAGAGCGAGUCGGAAGCCGAAGAUGAGGAGCAAAAGGCGAUCGAGAUCAAGGAUCAAAGCAACGCUGACCUCGUCAACCUCAGGCGAACCAUUUACCUCACCAUCCAGUCGAGCGCUGACCCCGAGGAAGCUGCACACAAGCUGAUGAAGCUGCGGCUCCCUCCCGGCCAGGAGCCUGAGUUGGUGUCCAUGAUCAUCGAGUCGUGCGCCCAAGAAAAGGUGUAUCUGAAGUUCAUGGGUCUGCUGGGAGAGCGAUUUGCUCGGUUGAACCGGAUGUGGAUGGAGCUUUUCGAGGAGGCGUUUAUGAAGUACUACUCGACCAUCCACCGCUACGAGACCAACAAACUACGCAACAUUGCCCGGUUCUUCGGCCACCUACUCGCGUCAGACUCGAUCGGUUGGCACGUUUUCUCCGUCAUCCAUCUCAACCAGGACGAGACGACGGCAGCAAGCCGUAUUUUCGUUAGGAUUCUGUUUGAAGACCUUCAGGAGAACAUGGGCACGGUCAAGCUCAAGGCGCGCAUGAGUGAAGAUGUGCUGCAGCCCAGCUUCCAGGGCAUCUUCCCACACGACAACCCGCGCAACAUCCGCUUCGCUAUCAACUACUUCACCUCCAUCAAGAUCGGCUACCUCACCGACGAGAUGCGUACCUUCCUCGCCAACAUGCCCAAGCCCGCCCUUCCAGCGGCAGCCGCGGCAGACGAUUCGGACUCCGAAUCCGUAUCGAGCUACUCCUCAUACUCCUCCUACUCCUCCCGGUCCCGCUCGAGGACCCCGCGCAGGGCAAUCGACCGCGACCGCGGCCGUUCCAUGUCCCGCACCCCGCCCCGCAGAGGCCGCGACGACAGAUCCUACACCCGCAGCCGCAGCCCCAGCCGCCGCAGUUACACACGCUCCAUCUCAACCGGCGGCCGCUCACUCUCCCGUUCUGGCUCCCCGCGGCGGACAGCCCGUGGGGGGGGACGUGGCAGCCGUCGCAGUAUCAGCCGCACCCCGAGCCGGAGCCGCAGCCCAAGCCGGAGCCCGACACCAAACCGGGCACGCGGCGGCGGGGGAGCCAGAGGCCGCGGGCGCAGCUACACCCGCUCCCCGACGCGCUCCGUUUCCCGCUCCCCGCUGCCUGUCCGGCGCGGCAGGCCGCUCACGCGCAGCCGGAGCGUAAGCAGCAGGAGGAGGUCCUACUCCCGCUCGCUAUCCCGAUCACGCUCGCCGCCAGCUGCCGCCGCUGCUGCGAAUUCUGCCGGAGGGGGCCCCGCUGGCCCGGCGAAGCGGCGCCGGCCCGAGGAGGAGUACUCCCCCGGCCCGCCGCCGGCUAGGAGGGCUAGGCGGUAUAGCCGGUCGCUGUCGCCUGUGGCGAGACGGGACUCGAGGUCGAGGUCUCCGAUCCCGUUGGGACGGGGGAGGCCGUCGGCGGGUGGGGGUGGGGAGCGGGGACGGGAUUCUUACUCACGUUCCUUGUCGCGGUCACCGCCGCCGCCGCCGAGGGUAGGACGUGGUGACGGUGCUGUGAGGGAUGGGUAUGGUGAUGGUGGUGGUGGUGGUGGUCGUCGUCGUCGUCGUGGGGGGUAUAGGGAUCGAAAUGAUGGGUAUAGGGGCAGGCGGGAUAGCAGGAGCAGGUCGCGGUCGCCGGUGAGGAGCCCGGUGGGUGGGGGCCGUGGCCGUGGUGGUGAUGGCGGUGGCAAGCGCAGGCGGGUUUAUAGCAACUCGCGCUCGAGGUCGCCGCCGGGACUUGCUAAGCGGGGUCGGGUUGAUGGGUAG